GUUUGCUCUUCUUGCAGGCUGAUAUUCGGUACGCUCUACCCCGCCUACUCCUCCUACAAGGCCGUGAAGACGAAAAACGUGAAGGAAUACGUAAAGUGGAUGAUGUACUGGAUUGUUUUUGCCUUUUUCACCACUGCAGAAACGCUCACAGACAUUGUUCUUUCUUGGUUUCCCUUUUAUUUCGAGUUGAAAAUCGCAUUUGUGAUUUGGCUGCUCUCUCCUUACACCAAGGGCUCCAGUGUCCUCUACAGGAAGUUUGUGCACCCAACGCUCUCCAAUAAGGAGAAGGAAAUUGAUGAAUACAUUACUCAGGCUCGUGACAAAAGCUAUGAAACCAUGAUGCGAGUUGGCAAAAGAGGAUUAAACCUGGCUGCAAAUGCAGCAGUUACCGCAGCUGCAAAGGGCCAAGGAGUUUUGUCUGAGAAGUUACGAAGUUUCAGCAUGCAGGAUCUCACUCUGAUCCGGGAUGAAGAUGCUGUGCAUUUGCAAAGCCACGAGUCACAGCUUCGCCCCUCUGGAGGAAGUCUCCUUGAAACUAUUGAAGAUUCAGGAGAAGAGAGUGGUGUGGCACAGAGACCUAAUGGAACCCCAUCAGAGAUUAGAACAGACCCAUCAGAUGAAGAUGCAGGAGACAAACUGCCAAAACGUACACAGAGCCUCAAAGCUCCUAAGAAGAUGACAAAAUCUGAGCUGCCUGUAAAAAGUGUGAAAGCCCGCCCUAAGAAGAAAGCUUCAGGUUCUCUUACUUCUGGAGAGUCAUCCUAAGGAGACCUCCCCUCCACGACGCCUGUCUCUGUCCCAGGAUUUGCCUGUAGCUUUUGAGUGGAAACUCUCCUAAGGAAGGGAGCUGAGAUUAAUGUACAUAACAGAUACUGCUUUGUAGAGCUCGUUCUAAGGUCAAGGGGGGAAGCUGGGAUUCAGAACGUGGAAUAGAGGAUGCACAUCCUCAGGAAUUUUCUCCUUUUCAUCCCCCUCUUGGAGAAAGUGCUAAUGUGUCUGUACAUAACCUGUUGCUUUGAAAUUCCCUCCGUAUAAUCCUAGCUGGAGAGAAUCUUGAUGAGGAGAACUGACUAGGGCUAGAGAUACCUGUUGCACUGAUGCUGGAAAAAUAAUUAGACAAUGGAGUUCUUCGGGGUUGGGUGGCUCCCCACAUUGUCUUAUUUUGCUCUGGGUAUCCUUCUGCAGCUGUGUUAAGAAGUGCCCACGACGAUUCAUCCGUCUUAAGAACGGACCACAACUAUCAUGUCCAUCCCCUUCCAGAAGGUGACUUAAAUGAUGUAUGCUGAGUGCUUUUGAAUGUAAAGGACUCGCUCAUGGGAGGAGUAAACCAGAUUAUGGAUUUUAGUACUGGAAGAUGAGCUUGUUUUUAUUUUUCUAAAAGGUUAGUGAGGAAAUUAGUAAGCUUAGUUAUGAAGAAAAUGUGCUGCUGUCUGCAUACAUGAAGGAGCAGAUACAGAUAUCUACGGGUGUUAACUAUUGAGAAGGAAAGGUGAUCAUUCAUAAGAUUUUGAGAUUUUGGCAAUUUUCUUUCUUUCUUUUUUUUUUUUAAAGCUACUUGAGUUUUAAAUUUUGUUUCUGUUAUUCACUUUGAUUUCUGUAAAAUCGUCAGUGAGAAGAUUUCCAUGUAGUGGGAAAAGCAGUAAAGCAGUCAGGGGGAAUGUUGCUUUGCCAGUUAUUGAAUUCUGUGUCACAAUGAUGCUUUUCUACAGACUAAUUCUUACUUUCUUGCAGAUUUCUAGGGAAAAUCUGACUCACUGUAGUCUGCAGACAUACUAGAGAAUUCCAGAAGCCCUUGUCUUUCAGCUUUAGGAGAUCUAUUCUCAGAGUACAAGAACAGACAAAUAGCUGAUGUACGACCUUGUCUAAUUGCAGAAUUCAAUUUAUGGAGGAUAAAAGUGGGGUGGGGUGACUAGGACUCACUACUCUGCUUUAUCAGUCAUCUUGCUUUAUCCUACUCCAGCUCUUGCACAAAUUUUCUUUUUUGACCAUUAGCCACGUUUAUCAAUGUUCUGAGACUUGAGUAACAUCCAAUGCUUAUAACAGAAUUACAUUCUAUGUAGAAUAUAUGUUGUGGGAGUGAAACUGCAGAGAAAAGAUGAAUAGAAAUGUGUAAUUCUCCUGUUGUUGAGUUCUGUAAUGGGGGAGCACCAUCACAGAGAGCACACGAUGCAGACAUUUGCUGCUUGUGUCUCUUCCUGUAUAUUUCUCAAAUUACAGUAGAUUCAUCACAGAGACCCAACAUUUUGUUAUUGACAAUGUAUAGAAGCCCUGCUGUAAGAUUCCGCAAAUAUUUCUGUCCUAAAGAAUAGCCCUUCGGAAGUUUGUAAAGUUGAAGACUGAGGCUGAAUUUUUUUAUUUCAUAUUGUCUUGAUGGCAAAUUGUUAUGAAUUACCUACUGUUUGGGGAAAACAAUUAAGUUGUUUUUACUUUUCUUUGUUGCUUUUAAAAUUUUAAACCUUGAUUGACUAUGUUAAAAAAGUUGUAUCUUGUCAUAAGUACUUGUCCUAAAGUAUGCACAAAUUCUUACCCAGGAUCCAGUAGAAAAUCUUUGAUUUGACUUUGGGAUUUGAGCUGGAGAGGCAAAGGGUGGAAGGGGAAGUAGAAAGUGUUCGUUUUUUCUUCUGUUAGAAAACACUGUAUUCAUGCCUCACUAGUACAUGGAAUGGCAAGUACUACAGCAAGAAUUCUCUCUGUUCCCAGUGGAAAUACCUCUCCUUAUUGAAUAUGAGGAAGAGUAAGUUGUGAAGAAUUGUCCUAGAGUUUCUUGUACUGAACAAGACAAACUAUUAUUCUCUGUACUCAAAAUACCUCUAUACCAUAUUUCUGUAUUUUUCUUUUCCAACUAAAAAUCUCCAUGGCAAAUUAUUCAUCUAAAUCAUUGCGAGGGAGUGGAUUUGGAGGCAAAGAAUUAGUUAGCCUGUCCUUAUGCUAAUCUUUCUGCCUUCUUGUGCAUAUGCUUUGAUUGAUAGUCUCGAAUUAUUUGGUUUUCAUACAGUGACUUUCCAGAAUGCUUUCUAGAUUCAGUUCAUCUGCAGUAACUUGUCCUGCUUUUAAUUGCAAGAAGAAUUUCUGAAGACUCAAUUGUGGUGUUUGGAUUUGCUUUUAUCCUCCUGAACUAGAUGCUUUACCAAGUAUCUUUUACUUAACAUUGAUGCUUGAUAUCAUAGCCUUUGGGUAAGCAUGGGUCAAUCACUCUGACUUCUUGUAUAGGGAGAUUAAAUUAUUUCUUUUUUUAAUUGAGAAUCUGGAGUAGUUACAGGCUACGUGGAGUGUGUGAGAUACAAAGCUGAUAAUGUUAGGCAGCAGAACUUAAUCCAGAGCAAGAGAAUGUCUUAGUAUGGACACUUCCAUACUUUUCUUCUUCCAGUACAAAUGCGACUGCUAGAUUUCGCUCUGCUUGGUUAAAGCCUCUGGCAGAUCUGCCACGACUCUUAGUGAGUUCCUAGAUAUAGUUCUGCAUUGGAUGACAUGCUCUUGCAUAGAAAUUCUCUUGCUAAUGAGAGUGCUGAAUGUGCUGUUUUGGUAAAAUGCUUUUAACAGCCGUUGUUCAAUGUUUUCAUCAGGAAAUGCUGGAAUGUAGUUUCUAUUCAGUAUCUUCUGUGAGCUUGAUUGUGCAAUUAAGCAAACGGUUAAAUCCGUACCUAGCAGUAGAACCCACUGAGUUCCGUAAGCAUUUAUACCUCUUUCCUCAUAACAUAAUUUCCUCUGGACACAGAAAGAAACACAGAAAGAGAUUUCUAGAGAACCCUGAAUUUCCAGAAAUCUAUACUUUUGAAUUUUAUUUCUCUAUUACCAUCUUGAUUGGCAGGAAAUGUGUGCCUUGGGAGGAAAUUGAGGUGGUUAUGGAACAUGCUGUUAGUUCUCUGGCCGCACAGAGCAUUGUAUGAAGGUAGCUUGUGUGUUAACUAUGUAGUGUCAAUGAGCCUGAGAGCAACUGUUGAGCUGUUCUGAGUUUUUCUGUCUUCCAAACUUGCAUGCAAUUCUAGAAAGUAUAGGUUAUUGCCUAAGAGAGAAAUCCGGAAAGAGGAAGAAAAUUCUUAUCCUUCUUUCUGAUGAAGACAUUGCAUUAACAUAUUACUCUGCUGUUUGCUGGGGAGAUGCUGAAUGACAUUCCUCUAUGUAAUUUUUCAGUUUUAGAGAUGUUCUUAGAUUCCUUUUGGGAACCACCAGGCUGACGCAUCUUGUGCUGCUCUCUGAGUUGCCCUUUGAACGCACAUGGAAAACCUGCAAAAUGUUCUUGAGGCUGUGUGAGUUCAGAGAAUGGUUGAGUUUGGAAGGGGAUCUCUGCAAGUCAUCUGGUCUAACAGGCCUGCUUGAGCAGGGCUACCUAGAGCUGGUUGCCCAAGUGUUAUACAUGGUCUGGAGCCUACUGAAUUUAAUGUUUUGUUAAUGGUUGAAUUUAAUGUUUUUGUAUAUGCAUAAAUGCACAUGCAGCAUGGAAAUGUACGUUAGGGUUAACAAGGAGAAAGGAUCGGUGAAGAGUCACCUUUCAUCUGGAAUUUGGCACUAUUACAAGAUGCUGUAUACCGCUCAGUUUUAUGUUGUUUCUAGGGUGCUGCUAUGAAGCCUAAUGGCUUCACAUGAGAAGAGAUCUUAAGGAGUGUGCAGAGUAACUUGUGGGAACAAAUAGAUUGAAGGUUAAUGAAGACAAUAAGCUUUCACAGCAGCAAAGAACCUGUCUUGUGAGAUAGGGUAGGGUGGAAAAUGGGCUAUGUGCAGUACAGAUUUGUCUAGGAAAUAGUGACAACUUUUUUCUGAACCUCUGACCUUACUUCAGCUCUGCACUUUACAAAUUGGAAUCUGAUUUCUGUCUUACAUAAACCAUCCACCUUUCUAAGCUGGGUUUGACCUAUGUAUAUUUAGAUUCUUGAACCUUUCAUCACUUCGGAACCAUAGAGUUUGAAUUUUUCCUCAGUGGUCAGUUGGACUGUGGAAAGUACCUGAUAAAUAUCAAGCACUUUGUUGUAGACAUCUCAUACUGGGAAAACACUAGCAAGUAGCUCCAGGGGAUGGGUUAAUCUGGGAAACUUAAUGCACAAACAAAGCCUGUGUUUUGCACCUACUAAAUGCUGGAUUUUGCUACAGCCAUCUACCAGUUAUCUGUAGAAUCUCAAAAAUUCCAUGUCAUAAUUGUCAGUGUUCUGUUUGUAAAGAAAAACUGGAAUCACAAUAACAUGAAGUGAAAAGAAACAGUGAUAAGCACGCUUUUUAUUUUGUUUUGUUUUUCCUGGUAAUUAGGUUGUAGCUGCUGCUUGUCCUAAACUUUUUUCUAUGAACACAUAACAAGCAAGUCUUUAUUUUCUUGCUCUAUUUCUCAGCUCUGACACCCUAGGAGUAACGUUUGUGAGAAGAUGCAAGAUUGAACAUACUUUCGGUGUCCUAUAGGCAGAGUUUCAUAAAAUGGGCAACUUUCUGAGCUGUAUCUGAAAUGUUUGCUGCUACUGAAAUGCAGUGCUAAACUGACUAAUCAAAGAUAAGAAAUUUAGUCAUAGUCUUUGCAGCAGGUCAGAAAGGGAGAGCUUUGCUAAAUGGCAAACAAAUGUUGGCAGUACUGCCAGAGUACGUUUCGUAGCAGUAUUGUAGGAAUAACAGCUUGGGUAUGCAUUAAGUGAGUAUCAAUACACAGUAGUUGACUUGCAGAAAAAUUUAACCGUCUGAUUUGCCUUGUUUCUUGACAAGGAAGAUUAGCCUAGCUCAUCCAUGCAAAUAAACUGUGUAUAGGUGUCUAUACUCUGUAUUUAAACAGUGGGCAAUUACAACAUGUUUAAAGAAACUUUCUUUGUUUGCUUUUUUCCUCUCCACCCAUUCAGACAAAAGAGGGAAAAAAAAAAAA